AAAGAAGAGAUUUCGGACGACAAUGCCAAGCUUCCCUGCUUCAAUGGCCGGGUGGUGUCGUGGCUGGUGUCUGCAGAGGGUUCCCAUUCAGACGCUGGCUCGGUCUGUGCUGACAACCAGACAGAGCUGCCGCCCUCCAUGGAGCGCACGGGAGGAAUUGGAGACUCCAGGCCCCCCUCUUUCCACCCUAACACUGGGGGGAGUCGGGAAAACUUGGACAACGAGACAGAGACAGACUCAGUGGUGUCGUCGCAAAGGGAACGACCUCGUCGGAAAGAUGGGCCUGAGCAUGCACCCAGGGUGAACGGGACAGUGAAGGGAGAGCGGCGCCGAGACCUGGGCGGGUACGAGAGCUCCUCCACACUCAUGAGCAGUGAGCUGGAGACCACCAGCUUCUUUGAUUCAGAUGAAGAUGACUCCACCAGCAGGUUUAGCAGUUCGACAGAGCAAAGCAGUGCUUCCCGCCUAAUGAGGAGGCACAAGCGACGCCGGCGGAAACAGAAGGCUCCACGCAUUGAGCGGUCAUCGUCCUUCAGCAGCAUCACAGACUCCACCAUGUCCCUGAACAUCAUCACAGUCACACUGAACAUGGAGAAAUACAACUUCCUGGGCAUUUCCAUUGUGGGACAGAGCAAUGAGCGUGGGGAUGGAGGCAUUUACAUUGGCUCUAUCAUGAAGGGCGGCGCUGUGGCAGCUGAUGGCAGAAUUGAGCCAGGAGACAUGCUCUUGCAGGUAAAUGACAUCAACUUUGAGAACAUGAGCAACGAUGAUGCCGUGCGGGUGCUGAGGGAGAUUGUACACAAGCCGGGGCCCAUCACCCUGACGGUGGCCAAGUGCUGGGACCCCAGCCCCCGGGGCUGCUUCUCGUUACCCAGGAGUGAGCCCAUCCGGCCCAUCGACCCAGCAGCCUGGGUGUCUCACACGGCAGCGAUGACUGGCACCUACCCAGCGUACGGUAUGAGUCCAUCCAUGAGCACAAUCACUUCCACCAGCUCCUCCAUCACCAGCUCCAUCCCAGAGACCGAACGCCUCGAUGACUUUCACCUGUCCAUCCACAGCGACAUGGCCACCAUUGUCAAAGCCAUGGCCUCACCAGAGUCAGGCCUGGAGGUGCGUGACCGCAUGUGGCUGAAGAUCACCAUCCCCAAUGCCUUCAUUGGUUCAGAUGUGGUGGAUUGGCUCUAUCACCAUGUGGAGGGCUUUACAGACCGUCGUGAAUCCCGCAAAUACGCCAGUAAUCUGCUGAAGGCUGGCUACAUCCGGCACACCGUCAACAAGAUCACCUUCUCCGAGCAGUGCUAUUACAUCUUCGGGGACCUCUGUGGAAACAUGGCUAAUCUUUCUCUUCACGAUCACGAUGGCUCCAGUGGUGCCUCCGAUCAGGACACUUUGGCUCCACUUCCACACCCAGGAGCUGCACCCUGGCCUAUGGCUUUUCCGUAUUUCCCGUAUCAGUACCCACCGCCUCAUCCAUACAACCCCCACCCCGGCUUCCCUGACCCAGGCUACAGCUACGGAGGGGGCAGUGCAGGCAGCCAGCACAGUGAAGGGAGCCGGAGCAGCGGUUCCAAUCGCAGCGGGCCCCCCGGGGCACCGCCAGGCCGUGACCUGGCCUCUGUGCCCCCCGAACUGACGGCCAGUAGACAGUCCUUCCGAAUGGCCAUGGGCAACCCCACAAAGAAUUACGGGGUGUUUGACUUUCUCUGA